AUGGCUCAGCAGCUUCAUGCUAUUGUCUCUUUUGUCCCUUUAUCAACUUGUUUCGUGAAUCUUCCAUUUAAAUGGUCUCAAAUUCUUUCUGAACAAAACCAGUUACCACAAAAUGUUAUUCUAGAAUUAUCUUCGCAUGAUGCUAAAAUUGCACAAGGCAAAGCAUAUGUUGGCUGGUCUGGGUUUUCUUCAAAGUCUGAACAUUCCGAUGCUAUCGAAAUAGACCCACAAUUUGGCGAGGCUAUUGGUUUACACCAUGGUCAAAAGAUUUACUUUAAACGUUUCGAAGAUAUAGUGCCAGAGGCCAAUUCUGUAGAAGUUGAACCGAUUAGUUCUGAUGAUUGGGAAAUUAUAGUAACCGAGAGUACGGAAAUUGCUGUGGCACCCAAGUCAAGAAAACCAAAAAAUAAUGCGGAAACUAAAGAUAUCGCAUCAAACAGCAUUUUUAAUGCUCGUGUAUAUUGCUUGCGCGUUUUACCUCAGGCGUUUCUUUCACCUGAUUUACUACAACCAAGUGCCAAUGAUUUCUGUACUGUGUAUAUUCAUCCAACUGAUUUUACGCGAAUCGGACUCCCAAAUCCUAAAAUUGUGCGUGUAUCUAAAAUACAACCAUCCCACCAAAACAAGGAAGCUGAUGAUAAAUCAGACAAUGAUGGCAGAAACCAUUCAUUACCAGCAUUAUAUGUUAAAGUACUGGUUAAGGACAGCGUGGUUCCUGGACAUGUCGUAUUGUGUGAGAGUAUAAUGGAUGUCCUGGACGUGCAAAAGUUUGACAUAAUUCGGUGA